AUGAACAACAAAACAAAACCGGAAGAAUUACAUCGCAAAUAUCUCUCAAAUUCAAAAUACUUUAAUCCAGCCUACCUCCAGGAAGCUGCGCUUAAGAUGGCCACUUAUUUAAAGACGUUUCUAAAAGAAGACGAGUCCCAAAAAGAAAACCGACCUCUCAAUUUCUCAGGCUCAUUUCCCAGAUCACAGAAAAUCAGUGAGAACUCAAAGCAAGAGCCUUCCAAUAUUGCGAACUCUUGCAAACGUAUCUUGCGGAAACCUCCAGGCGACGUUACACCGCUUGAUCCUCAGGUCGAGCGUCUCGCUUGCCUCAUUGACUCCUUCCCGUCAAUCUAUGUCUCCCAAUCAGGACUGAUAAACAUCUUUUUGAGGCAAGGUGUCCUACUGGAAGUCACGGUAGAUAAGGCUAUCCGACUGGUCGAUCUGAACCAGGAUAUGGCAGCUGCCGUUUCAGGGCGAAGCAAAGCGUGCAGUGUUCAUCAUCGUUCGGUGAAAAUCUGCCAGAAUAAAUCAGCGGUUGAUAUCGAUCUGGGCGGCAUUUGGCAGGCAAAGAUUAGGACGGGUCACAUAAUGGUUGGAGAUCGGUGCCGGACGAUUUGGUUUGAUGAGGUGGGAAAUUUCGGCACAUCAGAAUACAGCAAGCAUCAGUUUGUGGCGGCGAGUUUGACUGAUUAUACCGUAGACAUGCUUUUAUCGUCAGCAUCGUAA